AUAUGUUCAAACUUUCAUAACCUGCCAACUUUUGGAAAAUGAACAUGGUAAUUAGCGGCGUGAUCAAAAAUGUUCUCCUUGCAACUUUUUUGUCCCUCUUUUUAUUUCCAAAAUGUUGGGAGGUGUGUUUUUGUGCAUUUGAUUGAGACAAUUUCCUCUGGGUGACAUCCCAUAGGCUUUGUGUCAUUAAUUGUUAUUGUUUGUGUUCACUGUACCAGUUUUCCAUGGUUCAUUACGUAACAGCUUUCUCACCUCAAAGUAUGGUUGAUUUUUAAAGGGUUCUCUUUCAUAAAAUAAAUUGCUUCCAAUUUUUUUUUUUCCCAACAUCAUUCUGUCACACAUCCCCCCCAGAAUGAAAGUGAAACCAAAACAGAAGAUGCAUUUACACUGCAGAUACUGCAGAGGCCAUUUUAAAGCUGUGCUGCCUGGUUCUGAGAAGGAGUGAGAGCAAACACUGAGCUGCUUGGGCUGGAAGGCACCUCUUGGCUGAAAUUAAAAAGUACUUGUGAGUGGACAGCGUCUACUACCAUUGUUAUUAUUGACCCUUCUGGUCGGCGCAGCCUUAUACGGUCUAACUGGAAAGAUUCUAAUGGGAUUGUUAAUAGUGACCCCAUUGGCCGGCUCAGAAUUAUAUGGUCAGCGUGACACUUUAAUAAAAGCAAUAGCCACUCAGGUCGAAAAACUGGGUUGUAUGGGACCCGGUAUCCAGAAUGUUCGAAACCUGGGGUCUUCCAAAGAGUUUUCAGCAGGCGGAAGUGGGAAGAUUCUUAUACCACUGUUAUCAUUAGCAGCUCUGCUCGGUGCAGGAUUAUUUGCUCUAACUGGAAGCCUUCUGACAUCAUUGUUAUCAUCAGGAUUUCUCCUCGGUGCAGGAUUGUCUAAUCUAUGGGACAAAAUGAAAAACAUAUGGUCAAAUCGUAAGAGUCAAUUUAGCAAAACGACGUCUGAUGUUUGUGAUAAAAUUGACAACACAUGCUCAAACCAUAUCCAAAAGGUGGACAAAGCAUUAUCAGGUCCAGUAGGAAAAGCUUUAGAAACUUACACAAUUCCCUUUCUGGUCUUCGUAAAAUUAGUAGCUCUUAUUGGAGAUCUUCUUUUAGCUUUGUUACUGUUGGUUCUUCUGAUCAUCACGGCAUUAUGUGGUGUAAGUAGAAAUCUUCUCAUAGGGUUGAUAAUUGUGGCCCUUCUGGGCUGUGCAAAAUUAUAUGGAAACCGUGAACAUUUGACUAAACAGCUUGAAAAACUUACCAUGUUUGAAAAAUGUAAAAUGGCUUAUGAAUAUAUCAAACAAUUAAGUAAAGUAGUGCCUCACAGGCGUGUGAUAAUAUUGUUGAUAUCGGCUGCUCUAAUUGUUGUAGAAUUAUUCAAUCUAAUGUCAAGGCUGUUAACUCUAUCUUAAACAUUGGCCCUUCUUGGCGGCACAGUAUUAUAAAAGGCGACACGGCGACCAUCCAUUGUGCGGCGCUGGAUUUCUCCUCCUUGGCUCUGUCUCAUGUUGUAUUGACAGCAUGUGAAGCGGCUGCUGCAUCAGGGAGCGUGGUUUCCAUAACCGAGGAUUGCUGGCUCAUGGGCGCAUCUGUAGAGUGGGGAAGCUGUUUAGAUUGGAGCUGGGCCACAUCGUGGAUGUUUGUAGUUCCAGGCAGCAGGCUGAUCGGAGU